AUGGAGAACUUCAUUCUAUAUGAGGAAAUUGGAAGAGGAGAUAAGACAGUUGUUUAUAAAGGAAGACGAAAAGGGACAAUUAAUUUUGUUGCUGUUCUUUGCACUGAUAAAUGCAAAAGAGCUGAAAUAACAAACUGGGUUCGUCUGACUCAUGAAAUCAGACACAAGAAUAUAGUGACGUUUCAUGAAUGGUAUGAAACAAGCAACCAUCUCUGGCUUGUGGUGGAAUUAUGCACAGGAGGUUCUCUAGAAUCUGUUAUCGCUCAAGACGAACAUCUACCUGAAGAUGUAGUGAGAGAAUUUGGUGUUGAUUUGAUUACUGGUUUAUACCAUAUUCAUAAGCUUGGAAUUAUAUUUUGCGAACUGACGCCUGGAAAGAUUCUGCUGGAAGGGCCUGGCACUUUGAAAUUCAGUAAUUUUUGCUUGGCUAAAGUGGAUGGUGAAAACUUGGAAGAGUUUUUUGCUUUGGUUGGAUCUGAAGAAGGUGAAAGAGAUGUCAGUGAAAGCACUCCACAAAGAUACCUGAAAAACAGAUUUAGAGGCUCUCCAUUAUACACAGCUCCAGAAGCAAUAAAGGGAGAAGACUUCUCCAAAGCCAGUGAUCUGUGGUCCUUGGGAUGUUUACUUUAUGAAAUGUUCUCAGGAAGACCACCAUUCUUUUCAGACAGCUUUUCCGAAUCAAUUGAAAAGAUUUUAUAUGAAGAUCCAUUGCCACCUAGAUCAGAGGGUUCUGCUUUUCACAAACCUUCUGCUGAGUUCAUUAGUUUGCUUAAUGGCUUGCUCCAAAAGGAUCCUCAGAAAAGGCUGAACUGGACAGACGUAUUGCAGCAUCCAUUCUGGAAAGGAUCCCUUAGCCAUUGCGGUGGUGAUUCUGCAGACAGCCAGGGCACAAGCUCAAGCAGUGAAGACACAGAGUCAUCUGUGUAUUGGAGUGCCAAAGAGCCAGUGGAUACUCAUAAAAAUCUAGAUAACCUGUCAUCCUCAAGAGCAAAUAAUGAGCUACGAAGCAAUUCUUUCAAAAUAGAAACUCAGACUGAAUUGCGCCCAAAAAGUGCAGUUGAUGGUCAAUCAAAUGAAUCGAUAUUUCUUCUCAGUUCUCGUCCCACUCCUAGAACUAGCACUGCUGUAGAAGUAAGUGAUGCUACUACUGCCCCAAUCCAAAAUUCUCCACAAAGAGAUUCAUGCUUGAAAAAGGCUAAAAAUAUACGCUCAAGUCAGCAGGAUAUGGAGUCAACACUGAAGGAGUUAAUUUACACUGAAUGUGAUCUUAUCGUAACACCAAUCAUUGACAAUCCAAAGAUAAUGAAGCAAGUGCCAGUUAAAUGUGACUUGAAAACUUUACAUAUACCAACAUAUUCAGCUGAGAAGUUAGCGUGUAUGAAAGACAUGGACUGGAAUGACUUCUUGCAACAAGUGUGUUCACUACUUGAUUCCACUGAGAAGAAUACAGGAGCAGCACGUUCUAAGCUGAACUUGCUGUGUUAUCUGUGUACGGUGGCUGUCCACAAGGAUGUUGCAAGCAGGCUAAUUAACUCUCAGCUGUUUCCUAUAUCGAUACAGCAGCUGCGUGCAGCUGCCAACUGGGAUAUACGUGCCAAAGUUGCUCGAGUGAUUGGUUUACUGGCAUUACACACAUCUGAACUUGGAGAAAAUGUACCUGUUUCUGAGGCAAUUAUACUUUUAACUGAACUCAUCAGAGAGAACUUCAGAAAUAGCAAAUUGAAACAAUGCCUUUUACCAGCGCUUGGGGAGCUUCUUUACCUCAUAGCCAGCAAGGAGGUAAAAAGGGAGCACCCCAGAGAAUGCUGGGUUGUUCCCUCAGCUGCUUACACUGUGCUAAUGAGGUGUCUUCGGGAAGGGGAAGACCGGGUAGUCAACCAUUUGGCAGCAAAGAUCAUUGAAAAUGUUUGCACUACUCUCUCUUGCCAUGCGCAAGGAUUUAUUACAGCAGAAAUUGGACCUGUCUUGUGGUACCUUUUCACACAUUCUACAGUAGAUUCUUUGAAGAUAACUGCUGUUUCGGCUUUAUGCAGAAUUACUCGUUGCUCACCCAGUGCUUUCCAGAGUGUUAUUGAAAAAGUGGGAUUAACAGCUGUACUAAAUUCCCUGGCAAAUGGAAUAUGCAAAAUUCAGCAGUAUAUGCUCACCAUGUUUUCGGCAAUGUUGUCAUGUGGGAUACAUCUACAGAGACUGAUACAAGAGAAGGAUUUUGUGACUACAGUUACUCGUUUACUUGAAAGUCCUUCAACUUUUAUUCGAGCAAAAGCCUUUCUGGUCCUGCUACAAGUUUUAAUUAAUAACAGGGAGAUGUUGCUACUCAGUUGUCAAGCAAGACUUGUGAUGUAUAUUGAAAGAGACAGCAGAAAGACCACGCCAGGAAAAGAGCAGCAAGGCGGCAGUGAGUACCUGUCAAAAUGCCUGGAUCUUCUCAUCUAUCACAUUGUGCAGGAGCUGCCAGGAAUUCUAGGUGACAUUCUCACUGCCUUAACUAACGUCUCUGGACGUAAACACCCAUCAACAGUUCAGGCCAAACAGCUGAAGAUGUGCCUUCCUAUGAUGCCUGUAGUGCUUCAUCUUGUGACGUCCCAGGUAUUUCGUCCCCAGAUAGUCACAGAGGAAUUUCUUUUCAACUAUGGGACCUUACUUAAUUUUAUCAGAUCAAUAGAUUCAGGAGAAACAAACUUGGAUGGAGCAAUAGGGCAAGCUGCAUCAGAAGAAUUGGUUAAGACUACUUUAUCAACCUUUGAAGCAGUAACACAGCAUCCUGUCUUGUUGACAAUCCAUCGCUUGACGGUUGUAGACUGUAUCCUCCCACCACUAGUUUCUUUGGUCCACAGUCAGAAUGUGGAAUGGAGACUCUUCAGCUUGCGGUUGCUCUCAGAAGCCACAUCACUGCUUUUAAGCUACGAGGUCAUGGCUGAGGAGAAAGGGGAGAGCCUCGACUCAAACAGCAAGCUUCUGUCUCUCAUUAGAGAUUUAUUGCUGCCUCAGUAUGAGCACAUUCUGAUGGCUCCGGACCCAGUACCAAUGUAUGCUCUCAAACUGUUGGUGGCCCUGACUGAGCACAGCCCUGCUUCUGUGAG